UCUCCUUCCCCUUUUCCGCUGUUACCUUUACUCACUUCACUCUCUCUCUCUCUUUCUCUUUCUCUCUCUCAUGGAAGAGUAGAAAGGUCGAAGCGAUCCCUAGAUCCUUUCUCUCCUUCCCCACACCAUUCCAUACCCUUUUCCUUUUUUAGGGGCGAGAUCCCAAUCUAGCGAGGAGAAGAGAUCGAGAGAGGAAGGGAUCGAGGAUCGAGAGGUGGAGAUGAGCGGCAAUGGCGAUGGGAAGGUGGGGGAGGGGGAGGGGGAGGGGUGGGGCUUCAUCUACAGCUUCGUGGCGAGGGGGACGGUGGUGGUGGCGGAGUACACCGAGUACACGGGCAACUUCGCGGCGAUCGCGGAGCGGUGCCUCCACAAGCUCCCCUCCUCCAACAAUCGCUUCACCUACGCAUGCGAUGCUCACACCUUCAAUUUCCUCGUCCACGACGGAUACGCAUAUUGUGUUGUUGCCAAGGAAUCUGUGCCGAAACACGUCUCUCUAGCAUUCCUGGAGAGACUAAAGACUGAUUUUAGAAAGAGAUACGGAGGCGGGAAGGCUGAUACAGCAAUGGCCAAAAGUCUUACCAAAGAAUUUGGCCCAGUUAUGAAGGAGCACAUGCGGUACAUUAUCGAGCACGCAGAUGAGAUAGAGAAGCUGCUAAAAGUGAAAACUCAAGUUGCAGAAGUAAAAAACAUUAUGCUGGACAAUAUAGAAAAGACUAUGGACCGUGGUGAGAAGCUGAAAGAUCUUGAAUACAAGGCUUCUGAUUUACGGAACCAGGCUCAAGACUUCAAGAAGCAAGGUACGAAGGUUCGGAAAAAGAUGUGGCUGCAGAACAUGAAGAUUAAGUUGGUGGUUCUCGGAAUCCUCUUGAUCCUAGUCUUUAUCAUUUGGAUUUCUGUGUGCCACGGGUUCGACUGCACCAAACACGAACACGAUGAAUCCAACCGGCCCAAUUGAGUGAAAACUAUUAUGCACCAGUUAUCAUAGUUAUAAAGCAGCACAAGAAAUGGAAUUUUGUUUGUGACUUGAAAUCGAGCUUUUUUUCUUUUGGAUUCAUGGAUCGUAAAACGGCGUGGGAUCUUUUCAAAUGCAAAUAGUAGAGAGAUAUUACCAUCUGUGGGGCUCUAGAUAGUCUGAUAGUCUGUGAGUGUCGAUUUGUUCUCUGAAUGCCCGUUUAUGUAUCAGAUUUUUAAGAACACUAAUAUAGUGCUAAUUGUAAUUUAUUUAUGUUUAUUGUGUAAUGGGACGAUUGUUAAGAGUUUAAGUGUUUGAGGAUUAAAAGUUCCACAGAGAACAUUUCAUGGAGUAA